AUGACAGUACUGCCAAGGUUCGUGGCCAUCCAGUCAAGGUACAACCAAAAGUACCUGCGGCACCGACAUAUACAACUGACAAAUGGGGAGCAACGGGAGUACCUCCAAUUCUCCGGCGACGACGCCACGAGCCUGGAAUCGAAAUUCGAGGUGGUGGCCGCCGGCAAUUUGGGAACAGAAUCCGCCGGGUGGGUGCACUUGAAGUGUUGCUACAACAACAAGUACGUGAAGAAGUGGGCCGAGGACAACGUGUGGCUUCACGCUGGGGCUGUGGAUGUGGAGGAGGAUCGAUUGAAAUGGGAUUGCACCUUGUUCAAGCCCGUCGCAUAUGAUGACGUUGCGCAGCCCUACUAUGGUCGUAUUGGUACGGCUACAACGGGAGUCGUCAUUAAUAAUGUUGUUGUGAGGUUGUUGCACGUCCAUCUUGGGCACUACGUCUGCUUGUUCAACGAGGAACCCUAUGAACCAUAUAGCGAUUGCUUAUUCACCAACUUUCAUAAUCAACCCGACAAGGAUGAGCGUGAUGUCCUCGUCAUCACUCAAUGGGACUCAUCAUCAUCACCAUCGACAGCCCCGGAUUCUUCUACACCGACGUAUUUGACGGUUGAGGAAGAGUUACGUCAAAAGUUGGCGCAAAAGGAUGAGGAUCUGAAAAGGCUGAGGAAGGAGAAUGAGGAGGCACUGCAAAAGCUGAGGAAGGAGAAGGAUGAUGAGAUACAAGCCUUAAGAAAGCACAAGGAUGAGGAGUUGAGACAAAAGGAUGAGGAUCUGAAAAGGCUGAGGAAGGAGAAUGAGGAGGCACUGCAAAAGCUGAGGAAGGAGAAGGAUGAUGAGAUACAAGCCUUAAGAAAGCACAACGAUGAGGAUCUGAAAAGGCUGAGGAAGGAGAAUGAGGAGGCACUGCAAAAGCUGAGGAAGGAGAAGGAUGAUGAGAUACAAGCCUUAAGAAAGCACAACGAUGAGGAGUUGAGACAAAAGCUAAAGAAGAAGGAUGAGGAGUAUCAAACUCUGAGGACGAACAAGGACAGGGAACUUGAGAAACUAAGACAGGAGAAGGAUGUGGAAUUGAGUGGCUUGAGGAUCCAACUAUCUGCCAAGGAUGUUGAGCUGGCGCGAAUUAGGGGGGAACUGGAGCGAUGCGGUGGGAAUUCUUGGGCGCUUUUGCCUUCGCAUAAGCUGCUUAGAUCGAGAGACUCUGCGUCAGUGGAAAGGAUACGAUAUCUAAGUAAGAGAUGUCGGGUGCCAUCACCAACUUUUGAAACUAGUGAACCGGCUAUAGGCGUACGCUUCCCUCACAUUCUUAAAGACCUUGAUCUCAGGUCAGAGGGAGUUCGGUAUCAAGAGGUUCUGGUGGUGGACGAGGAGACUGCCAGCUGGCCUCUUCCCAAACCGAUACACGUAUGGCCAGUUUACUACCUCUUCAACAAAUAUAAUUGGUGGUCACUGAAAACAACCCAUCCCGAUGGUGGCUUGACAAUGCUUGCGUAUUACCACGAAGAUAAUCCAUCAGACGUUCAAGAUUAUAAGGGAAGGCCAGUUGCCUUGCCCUUUACCCGAGACCAUACCCUUUUCUCACAACAACUUUUCUUCUUUGUUGAUUUCGGUCUUGGAGGGAGGGAAGGAGGGGAGAAGGGCGGCAAACGUGGUGGGGUAGGGUUGGAUUGGGAGGGAGAGAGAGGUGGCGAUGGGUUGUGGAGAAUGGCGGUGGGGUGGGAGCAGGGAGGGAAGUGGAGGAGGAAGGCGGUGGGGAGGGAGUGGGGGGGAGAGAUAGUGGAAGGUGAGAGAGGGAGGCUGAGAGUGGGAGGAGGGAGGACCAUCGACGGUGAGAAGUUAUGUCAGAGAGGGAAGGAGUGA